AUUUUCCCCUCCAAAAUGCCGUGGACGAGCACUAACAGAAUCUAUGCUAAACCAUCGAACACCAGCGGAGGGGAAGGCCCGCUGCUGAGUCAGAGCGGCACGACCGCUCUGACGGCCGCAGCCGACAGCGGCGGCCGGUUCGAGUUUAGCGACCACGGCUACGGCAAGAGCUCCGUCAAACUUCUCCACGUCCAUCGCGAUGGCGACUACCACACCAUCCGCGAGUUCGAAGUCUCCACGGAGCUCAAGCUCUCCUCUGAAUCUGCUUACAUCAUCGGAGACAAUAAAGAAGUCGUUGCCACUGACUCCCAGAAGAACACCGUGUACCUCCUAGCCAAAAAGCAUGGAGUUAAAACACCUGAAGAGUUCGGAGCAGUGGUGGUCAACCAUUUCUUGUAUACCUACCGACAGAUUGUUGAGGCGAGGUGCCGCGUGGUCGAGUACCCAUGGGAGAGGCUCCAAGCAGGAACGCCCCAUAAUCACGCAUUUGUAUUUUCACCAACUGCAACUAGGUGGAGUUUAGUGUCACAAGCUCGACACGAGGCUGUGGUGGUGAAGUCCGGUUUAAGCGGUCUACGAGUACUGAAGACUACCCAAUCAGCCUUCGUAGACUUUGUGCAAGACGAGUACACCACACUAGCUGAUGCCGCUGAAAGAAUUUUCAGUACGGUAGUGGAGGCCGAGUGGACAUUCGACAGCAUGCGGACAGCGGACUUCGACAACGCAUGGCUGACAGUCAAGGACGCCAUUCUCGACAAGUUCGCCGGGCCGCCAGACGUCGGUGUCUACUCUCCGUCCGUUCAGCACACGCUGUACCAAGCUGAGAAGACUGUGCUGGAGAAAGUAGCUGAGAUCUCAUGGAUCAAAAUGACGAUGCCAAACAAGCACUACCUCAACAUCGACAUGUCCAAGUUCCCCGCCAACGUGACGAAAGGGGACCCCCGUCACCACAUCUACCAGCCCAUAGACAAACCCGCGGGCCUUAUUUACGCCCAGCUACGGCGCAAGCCGAAAAGCCACUUGUGACGUCACGUAGACGCGUAGCGGCGUAGAGGGCGCUACGAAGUUUUACCGCUACUGCCUACGGGCAUGUCUCUUGUGUAACGCACUUGUCUUUUUGUCACACUGGUAAGUGCAACUGUUCACUUGUUGCCUUUUUGUGACACGGUUUUGUUCCUACAUUUUGAAGGUUGUAAAGAUGUGGCUUGGUCUGCGUAAUAUAUUCGGUGUGGCUUGGGCUCGUCAAAGAUAAUAUCGUUAUUUGGGUUUGUCAAAUAUGAUUUGGAUGGUGGCCGUUGUCAUGCAUUCUUUUAUCAAUGUAUUCAGUAAAGUGUAACUUUCUAAAAAUAAUUUAAUUGCUCGGCAAACCAUUUUAACUUAUAAUGAGAAAAAAUUAAUAAAAUCUUUAAAAUUGGUAUAAUUUACUUGCUUGUGUGUUUUUAUAUAUGUAUGAAUGUUAACUAAGUUAUAUGCAUAAGAGUAUGCACUAGGCAUUGAGCUCAAUUGAAGGUUUGUAAAGUAAAUGUACUUGCGAAUAUUGUAUUAAUGUUGUGAAAAUGUUGACUGUAUUUUUUUUAGGAUUAUUCUAUUUUUAAGUAUUUUUCCUUGUACUGUUUGUUACUUCAUUAAAACCCUGUAUAAAGUACAAAUAAAUUUGUUGAAUGAA